AUGUCAACAUUACAGCUGCGGCAGGAUUUAGAGGAGUUUGAUUUCAUUAUAAUCGGCGCUGGAUCAGCCGGCAGUGUAGUGGCGAAUCGACUCAGUGAAAUAGAUCAAUGGUCAAUAUUGCUCAUUGAAGCUGGAGGUGAUCCACCGGUGCUUAGCCAUAUCCCUGCGUUAUACCCCUUUCUAGAAAAUACGGAAUACAAUUGGAACUACACUACAGUAAAAACCAGAAAAACUAAUCAAGCCAAUAUCCAUGAGACAGUGCACUGGCCGCGAGGAAAAAUGUUAGGAGGGUGUAGCAGCAUGAACAUGAUGAUAUAUGUUAAAGGCAAUGACGCUGACUUCCAACAAUGGUAUGACCAAGGAAAUAAGGAGUGGCAUCCUAAAACUGUUCGCGAAUACUAUAGAAAAGCUGAAUCUUUCCAGAAUAUAAAUGGACUGAAUAAUCCUGCAGUUAAAUACGCGUAUGGACAAAAUGGACCUUUAGGUAUCAAUUAUUUUAACAGCACAUCCCAAGAUCUCACACAAGAAUUAUUAGGUGCGUGGAAUGAAAUUGGUAUUAAGACGGUUGCCGAUAUUAAUGAACGAAAUGUAUUAGGAGCCGGCCCAUACGGAGCAACAGCCGUAAACGGGCGCAGAGAGAGCACAGCUAAGGCCUAUUUGAAGCCACUAAGGAACCGAAAAAAUUUUAAAUUAUUAAAGAAUGCAUUGGUUACCAAAAUCAUAAUAGACGAAGCAAGUUUAGAAGCUAUGGGAGUGGAGGUGGAAAUUAACGAAACAGAAUUUAUUUUUUAUGCUACACGUGAAGUUAUAUUAAGCGCUGGGGCAAUUAACACUCCCCAAUUACUAAUGUUGUCUGGUGUUGGUCCUAGAAACCACUUAAUAUCCAAAGGAAUUGAAUGUUUAGUAGACUCACCGCUUGUAGGUCAAAACCUCCAAGAUCAUAUUUACGUACCUGUUACAAUCUUUGGAAGACAUCCUGAAGACGAAGUUCCCAUCUUUAACGAGAUUCAGUAUCAAACUUUCGAGUAUAUUAAAAAAAACAAAGGUAUCUUAGCGACAAAUAUUAUACAAAAUGUGCUCUCGCUUUAUAGUCGUUCGAACGAUUCAAAAUUUCCAGAAUUUCAAAACCUUGUAGCUGUAUUUCCCAAAAAAAUCGAAAUAGCAGAACUUUAUUUUAAAUAUUUAUACAAGUCUGUGGUAGUUGACUCCAUCAUCGAAAAUAGUAAAGGUAACGCGCUUUAUUUGUAUCUUUUUCAUAAUUUGCAUCCAUAUUCGAAAGGAAAUAUAUCUCUACGUACGAGUAAUCCAAAAGAUGCCCCUCUUAUAUACGCCAAUUACUUUGACGAUCCAAGAGAUUUGCAGCAUACAUCCGAUGGUAUUCGAAUGUUGACCAAAAUUGUCAAUACUACAUUUUAUACAUACAUUGAGGGAUUUUUGGGCAGGCUGAAUUGGCCUGCCUGUGAUAUUUUCCACCUUGACACUGAUGAGUAUUGGAAGUGUAUAGCAAUGAAUAUGGUAUUGACUAUGUAUGAUCCAGUGGGCACUGCUAGAAUGGGUAUUUCACCUGAGACUGCAGUAGUGGAUGGUCGUCUUAACGUACAUGGUGUUUGUAAACUUCGAGUGAUAGAUGCUAGUGUUAUGCCAACGUUAACUAGUGGUAACAUAAACGGACCCACAAUAAUGAUAGCAGAACGGGCAAGUGAUUUUGUAAAAGAGGACAAUUUGCCUAAUGUACCUAUCAAGAUUUGA